UUCCGGCCGACGGCGGAAGGCGGAAGUCGCUGUGGUCAGUGUCCUGAGGCUUACUGAGCUGUCUGCCGGGUCUUCAAGUCUCGGUCCAGGGAUCUCCAGGGCGCACCCCGAUGCCCAGCUUGCAGCUUCUGGUGCUCUUCGGCAGCCAGACAGGCACUGCUCAGGAUGUAUCGGAGAGGCUGGGUCGCGAGGCCCGCCGCCGGCACCUCUGCUGCCGGGUGCAGGCCCUGGACUCCUAUCCAGUGGUGAAUCUGAUUAACGAGCCUCUGGUGAUAUUUGUUUGUGCAACUACAGGCCAAGGAGACCCCCCUGACAACAUGAAGAACUUCUGGAGGUUUAUAUUCCGGAAGAACCUGCCCUCCACCUCCCUCUGUCGAAUGGACUUUGCUGUCCUGGGCCUCGGGGACUCCUCAUACGCCAAGUACAACUUCGUGGCCAAGAAGCUGCACCGGCGGCUGCUGCAGCUCGGGGGCAGCGCCCUCCUGCCCGUGUGCCUGGGCGACGACCAGCACGAGCUGGGACCUGAUGCUGCUGUCGACCCCUGGCUGCGGGACUUGUGGGAGAAAGUGCUAAAGCUGUGCCCGGUGCCUCGAGGCCUCGCCGUGAUCCCCCCUGGAGUCCCCCUGCCCUCCAAGUUCACCCUGCACUUCCUCCAAGAGGCUCCCGGCACGUGCUCCGAGGAACAGAGGGCGGCCAGCCCGGUCUCCCAAGGGCCCCCGACAGAGCUGCAGCCCUUCCUGGCACCCGUGGUCUCCAACCAGAGGGUCACCGGCCCCUCGCACUUCCAGGACGUUCGGCUGAUUGAUUUCGACAUCACGGGCUCCGGCAUCAGCUUUGCCGCUGGCGACGUGGUGCUGAUCCAGCCCUCGAACUCGGCCGCCCACGUGCAGCAGUUCUGCCAGGUGCUGGGCCUGGACCCCGACCGGUGCUUCACGCUGCAGCCACGGGAGGCAGGCGUCCCCUGCCCCCCAGGGCUGCCCCAGCCCUGCUCCGUGCAGCACCUCGUGACCCAGUACCUGGACAUUGCCAGCGUCCCCCGCCGCUCCUUCUUCGAGCUCCUGGCCUGUCUGUCCGCCCAUGAGCUGGAGCGGGAGAAGCUGCUGGAGUUCAGCUCUGCCCAGGGCCAGGAGGAGCUCCACGAGUACUGCAGCCGCCCCCGCAGGACAGUCCUGGAGGUGCUGUGUGACUUCCCGCACACGGCUGGCGCCAUCCCACCAGACUACCUGUUGGACCUUAUCCCCGCGAUCCGGCCUCGCGCCUUCUCCAUCGCCUCCUCUCUGCUGGCGCACCCCUCGAGGCUGCAGAUCCUCGUGGCCGUGGUGCAGUACCAGACCCGCCUCAGGGAGCCCCGCCGCGGCCUCUGCUCCUCCUGGCUGGCGUCCCUGGACCCUGGACGAGGAGCCGUGCGGGUGCCCCUGUGGGUGCGGCCUGGGGGCCUGGCCUUCCCGGAGACGCCGGACACACCUGUGAUAAUGGUGGGGCCGGGCACCGGGGUGGCCCCCUUCCGAGCAGCCAUCCAGGAGCGUGUGGCCCAGGGCCGGACCGGAAACGUCUUGUUUUUUGGCUGCCGCUGGCGGGACCAGGACUUCUACUGGGAGGCGGAGUGGCAGGAGCUGGAGAGGAAGGGCUGCCUGACCCUGGUCACGGCCUUCUCCCGGGAGCAGGAGCGGAAGGUGUACGUGCAGCACCGGCUCCGGGAGCUCGGGCCGCUCGUGUGGGAACUGCUGGACCGCAGGGGCGCCUGCUUCUACCUGGCAGGCAACGCCAAGUACAUGCCGGCCGACGUCUCGGAAGCCCUGACGUCCAUCUUCCAGGAGGAGGGCGGGCUCUCUGGCCCCGACGCGGCCGCCUACCUGGCCAGGCUCCAGCGGACGCUGCGCUUCCAGACUGAGACGUGGGCCUGAGGCGCUGUCCGGCAGCCCACACCCAGGCUGGUGGCCGUCCUCCAGGCCCAGGGAAGGGAGUCCAGAGGGAAGCACCUGGCAGAGGGACCACUGUCACCUCCAGGCCUGGUCUGGGCCCAGAGUCCUCUCAGACCAGGCCUGGGGCUUGCACACCCCGCUGGUCAGGACUCCCUGCACACGGUCACACCCCCUUGGCCCCUGAGUCCCAGCCUCUCAGCCCUGGCCUCACUGCAGCCUCCGUGGGCCCCUCCCCUCCCUCCCCUCACCCUGACACGCAUCUCUGUGUCCAUGUCCCCCCCGACCUGGUCAGGGAGGUGCCCUGGGCAGCACCACCCGCACAGGUACAGUGACCCAGGAAGGCAUCUGCAGCCUGCUGAGCCCUCUGAGGUGGUGCAGGGUCCCUACAAGGCCGCACUGGUCCUCUCUGCCCUGGGGACUCCCUGGGCACUCCCGCUGCAGCCUGCUGUCAUCCCAGUCACCCCUGACACCUGCAGGGCUCAGACAAGGGCAGGGGUGGGGGGUGGGGCCUGGCUUCCUAAGACGCAGUGGGAGGGCCCAGGCCAGCGCAGCCCCUUCCUCUCCUGGUUCUAGGAAAGCCUCGCAGUAAAUGACGCCUCCUGGUG